AACAUAUAUAUAGCAACUAUGCCUUAUUAUAAUGUAUUUGUAACAUUAACAUACUAUCUUAGUUACUUUUGAAAAAGGGCGAAAUUUAAAUGCAACUACAACAUUGCAGCAACUUUCACGUUAUAUUACAUGUGAUGUUGAAAUUUAUAGCUGUUAUAUAGUGAACACACAACUGUGUCGACUGGGAGUAUUCGAAAUAUAUGAUAAAUCACGUAAUGUGUGCACUUUAUAGUUUUUGCUAACACAACACAGCUGUUUCAUUUUAAAGAUUAAACACUCCACGUAAAAUUAAAUUCUCAGUAAUAAACAUUUUUAUGGCAAAAAUGUAUUUGCUGAAACGAUAAAUGAGAAAAAUCACAGUAUGUAAACACAACACAGGUUAGGGUUAGAUUAGGUUCAUGCGAAAAUGCAAUGCGUUAAGCCCGUAUCGGACUAAGGACUGAGGCCGGCAUUCACAGUCAGAUCUUUUAUUCAAGACCGUCUUAAAUUUAUCUAAACAUGCUAUAUCGAACAUUUCAUCAGAAGCGUUCUGCGUUCUUAAAUCUUUUCUGUUACGCGAAAUUAAAUAUCCUAAACUCUUCUGAUUGGUUACGCGAUACGCAUUAGUGCCCAUCUUCAAUAGUGAUUGAAGCCCUAAGCCUUAAAGAAUUGACCAAUCACUUUUAAGUAUGAGGAAAAUACUCGACUAUGAUUGGCCAAUUUCUUAAGGCUGCGGUCCCAUGGGCUUAGUUUACACCGACAGACCUAAAAGCGGCCUGACCUAAACCGUGACCCAAAGUAGGUCUAGUUACCAAGUGUUUACACUGAGGAGACCUAAAAAGUGACAAAGACUUGAGUAGGUCGUAUUUAGUCCACACUGAUCCGAAUUAAGAGCCAUCUAUCGUGUUUUGUACAUUCGGCGAAAAUGUUUUGAGGUUAACAGUAUACCAUAUUUACGUUUUGCAGCUGUAUACAUAUUGUAACGUACAAAAUGACAUCGCUGGAACAAUACAUUCUGUUUUUUCAAAAUUGUGUUAUGAUGCAAAAGAAGAGGAGAAAUAUGAUUUCUGUUCAAAUUAUGCGUCGAAGAAGACACAUGUGGGAUAGAAUUCGACAAUUGCACAGGAUGCAAAGAAUGUUUAUAGAGUAUGUGCGAAUGGUUCCUAUGGUUAAUAUUUUAGAAAUGUAUUUCAAUGCAAUACAUGUUGAAAGAAGCACAUGGAUGAAGGCAAGAAGCACUCACUUUUGGAAGGAGAUGGUGCUAUGUACAUAUACUGAAGCAGAAUGGAUAGAAAGUUUCCGCAUGCGUAAAGAGACUUUCAAUGAUUUGUGCCGUUUUCCUACGACCUGCUUUGGAGCCUAAGCCUUUAUUCUUAAAAUCAAGAGAACCGUUAUCAUGUGAAAAACAAGUUGCUGUCGCUCUAUAUAAAAUGGCAAGUUGUGCAGAAUACCGUGUUGUGGGCAAUGUAUUCGGAAUCCACAAAUCUACAGUAAAAAAAUGUCUGUACAGAGUUGUAAAUGCGAUUAAUGAUGUGAUGAUGAAAGAUUAUCUUCACAUGCCAGAUGCCUACGAAGCUUCAGUAAUAGCAAUGCAUGUUGAGAAAAUAUCGCACAUUGCGCAAAUUAUUGGAUGCAUCGACGGUUCGCACAUACCUAUAUUGGCUCCAUCAGAAGGCUAUCGAGAUUUUGUGAACCAUUUAGAAAUAUUUGUAUUCGACAUCCUGGAAGUACUCAUGAUGCCGCUGUAUUCAAGGAUUCAAGUUUAUACAGAGAUGCUCUCAAUGUUAUUCCACAGGAUACACGAAAUAUCAAUGGUGUGGCAGUACCAUAUUUAAUUGUCGGUGACCCAGCGUAUCCACUGUUACCGUGGCUACUAAAAGGCUAUCCCGGUAGUGUAACAGCUGAACAAGAAUCCUUUAACGUACAUCUCAAUUCUGCAAGAGUUACCGUAGAAAUGGCAUUUGGCCGUUUAAAAGCACGUUGGAGAAUACUCCUAAAACGAAUUGAUGUGAAUUAUGUAUUCGUUCCACAUAUUACAAGUGCUUGUUGCAUUUUACAAAACUUUCUAGAGUGUAAGAAGGAACAGUUUCUUCAACAAUGGCUAAAUGAUGUAGUUGAGGCAGAAGUACUUUAUCCACAGCCCGUAGAUGGUACUAACCGAGAGCGUGAUAAUAUCUCUGGGUCAACUAUUCGACAACAUUUAACAGAGUACUUAAGUAAUAAUUUUUCGUUGCGUGCAAGUGUUUUAAGAUAAGAUACGAUAUUUAAGAUAUUGUGUUCAGUAUGCAUAUUGGUAUUGCAUUUUAUUUUGUUUAUAAAUUUUCGUAUACAACUAUAAAACGUAUAUAAAUUUUCGUAGAAUACUAUAAAACGUAUAUAACUAUACAUGUAUAAUAUCCUUUAUCGCUUAUAAAAUAUAUUGCAAUAUAAAAUAUAAUAAACAAAAAUAAAUGAGAACGUUUCAUCACAUUUACAUCACAUUUACGUUACGUUACUUAUGUACUUCUCUCAUUAUCAUCGUUACAAGAUGAACUUGAUGUUAACACUGUUACCGAAGACUGUAGUAUAGUCGGUGAUGGCAACGGAGAAGGAACUGCAGGAAAUGGUGAGGAUGGUGGUGGUGAGCAUGAUGAGGAAGGAGAUGGCGAUAAGUGGUACGAAUAUACAUUUGGAGUAGAGGCAGUUGACGGGAACGUAUGCAUAGGGAUUUGAGUUGGUAUAUACUGAGGAUAUUGGAUGUUGCCUGUUUGCACCGUUUUUAACCCUGUCAUUUUAUCCAAGAGUAACAUUUAAUGCUGCUGUUCUUUCUCCAUCAUUUCCUUUUCCCAUCGUCGUUGUUCCUCCAUGUGGGCAUAUAUCGAUUUAUCAAACAUUUGCACUUGUUCCUGCAUAACUUUCUGCAUUUCCUCGGCCUGUCUUUUUGCAAAAACUUCUGCGAAAUUCUCCGCUAGCUUGAAGUGUGUGGUGCGUCCUAAAAAUACACGAAUAAACAAUUAUUUUAUGUGUAUUCUUUUAGAAACUGCAAUUCUUAUAAUCUAUACAGGGUGGUCCAGUGAUGAGUAGCUUAACUUCAGGGGCGUAUUCCUUGGACAAUUCUAAGACGAAACAUCCAUUUGAGUUUUUGUCGAAAAUCGCUUCCCUGAGAAAUGGCAGCCGUUUGAAAAAAUUUUGUUUGGGUUUCGAGCGGGAGUCAUUUAAAUUAGCGUAACUUUGGAAAUACUCGUCGGAUUAUUUUUGAUUAGGGCUUGUUGAAAAGGUAUUGCCGAGACCUUUCAGAAAAUGUA